AUGGCCGAUGGACAGAAAGACGAUUUCGAGAUAGACUACGAGCUCGAUGCGAUAUGGAGGAAAACCGGCAGACCAAAAUUCUUCUUUCCGAGAGCGGACAAGAUUACGGGAUCACGACAAUUGCACGUAAAGGGUAAUGUGCGUUUCAUGAAGAGCAAAUUUGUCAAGGAGACUCUAGGCACCACUUCGCGACGGCCAUGGACGGAGGAAGACCGAUCUAUCGUUGUUCAUGACGGUGCAGCCAUCACGAUUCGAAUAUACCGGCCCAGGUUGUCGUCCGAUAGCUGUCCGGUCAUGGUCUUUGCACACAGCGGAGGUUGGUGCAUGGGAGGACUCGAGACCGAAGAGUUCAUCUGUCAACUAUUGUGCAUCAGACUCAAAAUCAUCGUCGUCAGUGUCGCUUAUCGUCUAGCUCCAGAGGUCUCAUAUCCCACCAUAUGUUACGACGUCUACGAUGCCAUGAAAUGGGUCUCGGUCAACGCACACACCUUUGGUGGUGAUCUAUCUAAGGGCUUCCUCAGCGGCGGCGUAUCGGGUGGAGGAAACUUGACCGUGGCAGCCACAAUCCUGGCGAGAGAAGACGAACUACGACCUAAGCUCACGGGCCAUCUUUUCAUCUGCACAGGCAUGCCGCAUGACUACAAGGACCAACAAGGGGGAAAAUGCAAUAUGUUUCCGGAGCAGUUAGCAUCUGGAAGUUGGGAGACGUACAAGAAUGGUCCAGUGGCCAACCGUGCAAUGUGCGAUGUCUACGCUGAUAUGGCAAAGUGCAAUGCCAACGAUCCGCUUUUCACCCCCUUGAACUUGACAGACUUCUCAAGGCUGGGACCAAUUUACUAUCAAGUUGCCGGAAUGGAUAUGUGGAAAGACAGUGCACUUUUCUACUGUGACAAGGUUAAGGAGGCCGGUGGCUCUGUCAAGAUCGAUCUUUACCCUGGUGUCCCGCACGUGUGGUAUUCCAUGUACCCCGAACUUUCUAUCAACAAGAAAUGGUCUAGAGAUCUGGUCACUGGCGUCGGAUGGCUCCUCAAUCAAAAGCCAGAGUCACAGGUUACCCCGCGGCUAUGA